GCGCACGCACGCACGCACAACACAGCCGUCACGCCGAAAAGCGACCCGGUCCCGGCCAGCGGCCUUCGCUGGUGUGUCGGGAUGACUCUCCCGGCUGGCUCUCCACCUGGAGGAGGCCGAGGAGGACGAAGAGGAGCAGCGGCGGCGGCCUAUAAGGUCCGGCCUGCGCCCGCUCGGGUCCCGCUGAGGCGGCGGUGAGCGCGUCGCUCCCGGCCGACACUCUUCCUUCCCUCAGCUAUUUUAAAACUAUGCUGAAAUGGGGCAGCGGUGAUAUUUCAGCUACUAAAUCUGGAGCUCAUGGCCCAUUUCAAGCAGCAAGCAUGUCUGUGACUGAUUUGACAGAACAACUGGUCCAAAAUGAACAGCUGGUAGCACAACUCAAAGAACUUGUCAGGGACAAGGAUAAUGAGUUAUGCCUUAAAGAGCAGCAAUUAAAGGCACAAAAAGAAGCUUCUGAAGCCAAGAUUUCCAAAUUAAAGCUGCAGAACAAAGCCAAAGUAACAUCCUUAACAGCACAAUUAGAGGAACUCAAAAAUCAAUUAUCGGGAGACGAAACCCAAGAAGGAAAUUCUGAGCAAAAGAGAGCUGCAAGUCGUGGAAAAAUCUUGGUACUUAAAAAGAAAGUUGAGGAACUAGAAACAAAGAAUGCCCAAAAAAAUGAAGAGCUACAGAAAAAGAUUGCUGAGUUGGAUGCUGCACACCAGCGUGGUGCUGAAAUGGAUGCAAUGCUUGCUGAGAAGCAAAAAAAAAUAAUGGAAAAAGAAGCCUUCAUAAUUGAUUUACAGGUAGCCUGUGGAUCAACUGAUGCCAAAGAAGUACUAAUCCAAAACAGUGAAUUAAAGAACCAACUAUCCACAAAGGAGGCUUCAUUGCAGAGUAUGCAACUUCUGGUUCAGAACCUUAUCAAGAAAGUUGAAGACAAUGAACAAAGAUGCAGCUGCCUCCUGGAAGAAAACGAAAACCUUAAAAGCAUUCAGAUUAAAGAGAGGGAGCAUUUCCAGGAAAGAGAAGCAAUGUAUACACAAAAUAUCCACGUGUUUCAGAAUAUGAUCUUGGAAAAGGAAAAAGAGCUCAUGGGAGUGGCCCAGAAACAUGAGCAGGAACUCUUUAAGCUGGCUGCCAAAUCAGAUGCUAGUGCUGAUCUAGAACAGCUACUGAAAGCCUUGAAACAGAAGCUACAUGAAAAAGAAGAGGUUAUGCAAGGAAGGACACAGGUGAUAUUCAUGUUGCAAAAAGAACUGGAUGGAAAAGACCAGCAGCUAAAAGAAAUUAAUGAAUACCUGAAUCACCUUCAGUUAGAGAAAAACAACCUCCAGUCCAAGCUAGAUGCUGAAAAGCAUAUAAUGCGAGCCCAGCUAAGAGACAUGAUGGAGAAACAUGAGACUGAACUGCGAAAAGUCAGAGAGAAAUAUGAUGCUGACAUGCAGGAGAUCCGAGAGAAGCAUGAAACAGAGCUGCAGGAGAAAGACCAAACCCUGAUGCAGCUUCAGAAGCAAUUGGAACAAUUAAGUUCCGGUGACAAAAGUAAUUUAGAUGUUGCAAUGAAACAAACAUUGGCGAACCUAGAAGCUCAAGUGAAACUAAAAUCAGAAGAGGCCAGCAAAUCUGAAGCUAAGUUCCUCAAGAUGAAAGCUUUAUACAAAUCCAGAAUUACAAAGCUUGAAGAUGAGCGUAAUAAUGCUACAUCAACAAAUAAGAGUGUAACUGCCUUGCAUGACCGGAUUUCAGAAUUGGAACAGGAAAAGGAAGAGCUGCAGUCUGCACUACAAGCUUUUUCUGAACUUAAAGCUCAGAAUGAAGAAUUGCUGAAUAAGCUGGAAGUCUACGAACAACAGCAGCAAAAAUUGCAAGCAGACCUUGAACAAGUUACGAAGAGGGCAGCUUCGCAGGCUAGUGAAUCUGAUAGUGUGGAUGAGCUGCAGAGUCAGCUUUUGGAAUGGCAAGAAAUUGUAACUGAGUCUGAAGAUGCACACAAUCAAAUCAGAGAGGAGAAAUCUGCUAUGGCUCUAAGAAUGUCACAGAUUGAAGAGGAGAGAGAAGAACUGAUUGAGGAUGACUGGUUCUUUCCUGGCUGCUCUGAUCCAGCCAUAGUCUCAGGGCAGCAGGAGUUGGAGGAGGAACUGGCCGCAGGUCAAGGGAUUGGAAGAAUGCAGCCGGAGGGAAGGAUGACUGCCCAGUCGAGCAGGAAACUCCAGGACGACUAUGGCUUCAAUGGAAAACAUUGCUAUGAAGAGCUGAAUGUCACCAUGGAUAGUACAGAUUCAGCUGAAGGAGAGAACAUGGGAGGUUGGUGGCCAGAGUACACUUCCCCUAAUGCAGGUUUGCGGACUGUCGUGGAAGAAUUAGAAUUGGAAAGAAAUCAGUUGCAAGAACAAAUUCUCUUCUUGGAAGAACGUUGCCGGGACUUGGAAGAUAGAUUGCAGCUCCAGAGCAGACUGGAAGCUCUACAGAAUGAAAAUGACCGUUUACAGUCCCAGCUUACACAGCUGCGCAACCAGCAAGCACGUGAUGCAGAAAAACACCAAGUUCUUGUUUCCAGUUUGAAUGAACAACUGAAAGGAUUAAAUGAAAGAAAUGGCUUGCUUGAAACUUUGCUUGGGGAAAAGGAGCAAAAGCUUUCAAGUACAAAUGAAAAGCUAGAACAGGCAGAAGACAUGAGAAAGUCAAUUCAUGAGAGAGACCUUCUAAACAAAGAACUAAGUGAAAAGCUUUUGCAGAGGGAACAAAAGCUGGAAGAUGUCCAGAAGAAGUGCAGUGCUUAUGGAGAAGAGUGUGCAGAACAGAAAGCAGUUAUUACUGCAUUAACAGAAAAAAUAACCGCCUUUCAAGAAAAGACCAUGAAACAGGAUGCUGCCAUAGAAUUAAUGCAACUGGAUCUUGAACAGACAAAUGAAGAACUUGAUAGAUUAAACACAACUCAUUUAGAAGAGAGGUCUCAACUAAUUCAAGACCUCCAGAGGCGUGAAAGAGAAUUUGACAACCUCAGAGAGGUUUUAGCUGAGAAAGACAAAGAACUUUCUGCUAUUACUUCAAAUAUAAAUACGUAUUCUGAGCAGAUUAAUAUUCUGAAAUGCCAGAUCAAGUGCAAAGAGGAUGAAAUGCGAGACAUGGAAGAAGCACUGUCCAAGGCUGAAAGGGAAGCCCAGUUGCUGAAAGAUGUACAAACCGAAGAUGUGAACAGUGCAGGCAGAAAGCUUUCAGAACUUUCUGAGCAGUUAAGUGCAAUAAAAUCAGAACUGGCAGAGGUGAAAAUUGAAAACGCUACUAAAACAAAAGAGAAUGAAGAAUUUGUUAGGCAAAUCAAAGAGACUAGCCAAACAGUUAAAGAUCUUCACUCUGCAAUCAAGACUCGUGAUGUUACUUACAACAACAAACUCAUGGAGUGUGAGUCACAAAUUAAAUUGCUUAAAGAACAAAUAAGUAAAUCAGCUAAAAAAUUGCAAGAAACAGAAAUAAAAUGUAAGGAGGAAACAGACCAUCUUAAAUCCCAGGUCGAUGAACAUAUCUCUGCAAAGGAGAAAUUGAACAAAUUACUAAAAGAAAAAGAAAACAAAGAACAAAGUUUUGUGAAUGAGCUGAAAUCAGUGAAAGAUUCACACAACCAGCUCACUUUAGAAAAUGCUAAAAAAGAUGAAGAUUUAGCUAAUUUAUCCAGACAACUUGCUGAACAUACUGAGCAUCUAGAAAUUGUCAAAAAGUCACUGCAAGAAAAAGCAGAGAUUGUGAUAUCCCUAAAAGACAAGCUUAAAGUUGUGGAGCAGCAAAAUGAACAGGAAAAGCUUAAGUUAGUUAGAGAACUGAAUAGCAAGGAAAUGCAGUGGAGAGAAGUUAAUAAUGAGCUGCAUGAAAAACAUGAAAUAAUUAAUAAGAUGGAAACCGAAAGACAAACUGUCAUCUUGACUAACAAGCAGUUACAAGCAGCUCUUGAGCAGAAAGAAAAAGGUUUUGCAGAUCAGCUUAAAGCCAGUGAAAAGCUUAGAAAUGAGAUACAUACUAUGGAGAAAGAGAAGCAACAGCUGAUUAGUGAGAAUGAGAGUUUGUCAAAAUUGCUGGAUGUGAAAGAGUGUGAACUGUUAACGCGUGCUCAAUCCAUGGCUGAGUUGGAGAGUAAGUUGUGUGCCAAUGCCACAGAACACCAGAAAAUGCUUUCAGAGGUCAGUCACGAUAAAGAGACUUUAAGAAGGAAAGUUGAAGAACUCUCAGGCCUUGUAAAGCAAAAAGAAAAUUCACUUGCAGAGCAGUUACUGGGGAAAGAGAAACAAUGUGGCAUUUUAGCUGAUGAGCUCUCCAGAAGCAGAGAGAUAACAAAGGAAUUGGAGAAAGAAAGACAGUCUUAUAUCACUCAGUUAAAGGAUGAGCAGCAAAACAAAGCAUUGCUUCGGACAGAGUAUGAUAAGAUGGUCCAACAGCUUAAUCGGGAGGAGGAAAAAACCUCAUCAUUACAGAAACAGGUUAAAGACCUAGAAAAGGAGCUUAAAAUAAAAAGCAGAUCUAUUGAAGAAAAAACUGAGCAUGGUGAUGCAUUACUUAAGCAAGUAAAAGAAAAGCAAGCUAUCAUGACUGUGUUAGAAAAAGAAGUAGAAAAGCUUAAAUGUGAUAACAUAAAGCUAUCUCAACAGCUUGAAGACAAAGACAGUACUCUAUUAUUUAAAGGGGUGGAGUUUGAGGAUCUUUGCAGGCAGAUUUCACAAAAAACAGAAGAGUGUACCAAAUUAAAUGAUCAGCUAGCACUAUUAGUCAAAGAAGUGGAUGUUUUGAAACAUGAGAAGGAUAGUGCUUUGGCUGUUUGCAAUGCUAAGUCAAAUGAAUGCGAUGCUUUUCAGCAUCAGUUAACACAGCAUCAGUCUGAAAUUGUGUCCACAAAACAUGAAGCUCAUAUGCUGAAAUUAGAAAAUGAAAAAUUGAAAGCAGAUAUAGAAAUAGCCAGUGCUACAUUAAUGAAAAAUUGUGAAGGACUAGUGCCCUUAAGUGCACAGUUGUCUCAGCAAACUAAUAAUAUUUUAGUUUUUAUGGAUCAAAUUGAUACCUUAGUUAGCGAAAUGAAAACAUUAAAAAGCAGUUUUUGUGAUAAAGAGGCUCUUCUUUCCCAGAGGGAAGUUUUGAUACAGGAAAUGAAAGAAAACAAAGAUGUAGAUGAAAAGCAUAAUUUGCAAAUUAUUUCAGAUUUGCAAAGCCAAGUACAGGUUCUAGAUAGUGAAGUUAGUCAACUUACUCAGGAAGUGCAAGAGAAAGAGAAUAAAUUUAAGAAGCAAGAUGAAGAGCUAAAAUUACUUAAAAGUAAAUCUGACGAGUCUAAUUUUCUUAGAGUUCAACUGUCUGAGAAUAUGGAAAUAAUUUCUGAUCUCCAGAGUCAACUUAAAAAUAUGAUAGAAAACAAUGAAGUAUUAAACAAGUCAAUUACAGAGAAAAAUAACUUUUUAAAACAAAAGGAGAAGGAAUGUGUUGAUUUACAAACAUGUAUUUCUGAGACUUCCUCUGUGCAGCAUAAACUUGUACAGUGUUUGACCUCUGAAGCAGAAAUAUUAAAAGCAGUCAUUGUGGAGAAGGAGUUAGCAGUGAAUAACAUUUCACUCAUUAACAGUGAACUGAAGGCUGAACUUGAAGAUAAAAAGAAUGAAUGUGAGACUUUGAAGACGCAAGCUACUGAUGCAGAAGAAUCAAAUCUUUGUUUGAAAAAGGAAAUAAGUGAUCAGAAUAAAUUAAUAAACGACAUUAGCCAGGUGCUAGCAGAAAAAGAGGCUUCUGUUUUGGAUCCUACUAAUCUUGUGAAAACCCUAAGAGAGGAACUAAAAAUAAAUGAAGAAAAGUCACAGUUAAUUUCUCAACUUCAUAGUCAAAGAAAUGAACUGAAGCAAGAAAUUCAAAAGUUAAAAGAACUAGCCCAGGAAAAAGAAAACAUUUUCUUAACUUUGCAGGGCAAAUUUGAUGCUCUGUAUGAACAAAAAAAUGAACUCAGUGCUUCCCUGAGUAAAAAAAAAGAGAUUAUCACUGGGUUUCUUAAAGAUAUCGGUGUUCGACUAUCAGAAAGUAAUGUUCAGGCUCUUAGCAACGAUACUGAGCUACUUAGAGAAGAGCUAGAUAAAAGUGCUGCUACACUAAAAAAGCUUUUGCAAGAGAAGGAUGGAAGCAUUGCCAGUAGCCAGAUUAAAAUUGACUCUUUGAUAGUAGAAAUUGAAUCUGCAAAAUCAGAGCAUCAUAAAGCAUUAGAACAAGUUGAGCUGUGGAAGCAAAAUAUUCAAGAGAGAGAGAGAGCUCUACAGGUUGUACAGGAAAAAUGCACUGAACAGGCUAAUCAUAUUGAAUAUUUAAAUUCUGAGGUCAUAGAAAAAUUGCAACAACAAAUAGAUUCUUUAAUAAAUGAUAAAGCUCUUUUACAGGAGAACUUUGAUAAACUGAAUCUGGAAAAGAAAGACUUGGUUAAGUACCAGAAGCAAUUAGAGGAAAAAUCUAAAGAGCUAAAAGAACUUCAUGAAAAAUUAGAAGCCAGUGAGAACAGAUGGGUAGCAGAACUUGCUAGGGCAACUCAGCAAAAUGAUGUUAAUCUUGAGCAACUGAGUAAUUUAGAAAGGAAACUGAAAUCAAAAGAGGAUCAAAUUCAGUCUUUGCAUCAAGAACAGAACAUUAUUCAAACAGAGUUGGCCAAACAUCUGUCUGCAUUGUCAAGUAGUAGGUACUUCCUCAAAGACAGUGACAGUGACGCUGGUCAGCAAGUAGCUAAGACUGUAUUGGAAAAAUUCUCUGCUGUGAUAGAUACUUUUGUCAGCAAAGAAGCUGAAGCAAUGGCACUGCAGCAGACUAUUUUAGAGAGAGAGGACGAAGUACAUCACCUGAAUAAUCAGCUAGAAAGCAUGUUGUCCUUGAAGGAAGAGAAAGAGUUGAUGCAGAAUGACUUUAAAAAGGCCAAAGCUGCUGACCAAUCUGAGAUUGAACAUCUGUUAAACGAACUGAGUACUGCUAAGGAUGCAUUACGUAGGCAGCAAUCUGUCUGUGAAGAAAAGGACAUUGCAUUAUCAAACAUGAGGAAGGAGGUGGUUUUCCUCCAGGAGAAGACAGAUAAAUUAGAAAAAGAGCUUGAAAGUAGUUGCAAGACACUGAACACCGAAUGUCAAAAAGCAGCAAAACUUUUAGAAGAAAUAGAGCAUAAAAACCAGAUGAUAGAAAACUUUAGUUCCCAAACUAACCAACAGAAGGAUUUAAUUACUUCUCUAAGCCAGCAGUUAAAAGAAAAGGAUUGCUCAGUUACUCAAGUCAUGGAAUCCAUGUCUAAUGAAAUGGUAAAAUUCUCUGAGGAAAAAAAUAUGCUUGCUAUCAAAUUGCAACAACUAGAAGCCAUAAGGAAGAGCAUGACAGAAGAGAUAAGUACAUUAUCACAGCAGGUAGAAGAAUAUAAGAAAGAACUUGAACUCAAUCAAGUUGUGUUGACCAACAAAGAAGCUACCAUAAAAGACUUGGUGUGUGAGAAGGCGCAGCUAAAUAUUACUUUGGAAAAAAUAAAUCAAGAAAAAGAGAAUCUGAAAAAGAAACUUCAAGCAGCUUUGCUAAUAAGGAAGGACUUAAUUCAGAAAAAUGAGAAGCUUGAUAAAAAGACAGAAUGUUUUCUGGAGCAAAUUGAUGACUUAGUAAAGCAGGUUGAAAAUGCUGAAGCUCACAACAAAGAUCUCGAAUCCCAACUUGAAGGACUGAAGACACAAUUGUUAGAAAAAGAUGUGAAGAUAAAUGACAUGAGUGAAACCUUAUCAGCCAAGGCAGAACACUUGGAGCAGCUGGAGAAAGCAGUUACAGAAUUCAAAGCUACUAUAGCUGAACAAAAAAGUAUGUCUGAUAAGAACUUGAUCUAUCUUCAAGAGAAGGAUUGUCUGCUUGCACAAAUGGAGUCUGUGCUGAAUGAGAGAGAUCAAAUGCAUAGAGAGGAACGUUCACAACUUUUCUUAACCAUAGAAAAUCUCAAAGGUGAAAUAGCAAAGAGAGAUGAAACAUUCAAGGAAACGAAUGGGUCGGAAGCUACCCUAAAUACCGAAAGUUCCUGUAGUAACGAAACACACCAACCUAAUGAAAUGAAUCCAGUCACUGAGUUGCAGAAAGACAAGGAAAUCCUGCAAAAGAAACUUAAGGCACUGCUUAUGGUCCGCAAAGAAAACACUAAACAAAUUCAGAAGCAAAAAGAAGAGCAUGCUAAGCUACGAGGAGAUUUUAAUGAACUAACAAAAGACUUUGAGCUCAUUAAAAAAGAAAAGCAAGCACUCCAGGAGAUUCAUCAGAGAAAGUGUGAAGAAUUUGACUCCAAUUUAUUGCUUUUAUACUCUCUGCAGAAAAGGUUGGACACCGAUACAUCUCUUAGGCACAGUGAAAAUGCUCAGCAGAAAACAUUAGAGUCCGGGGAGCUAAAUGUGAAAGCUGAUGUCAGGGUUGAAAAAUCAGGAAAGACGGUAAGUAUGGUGACAAUGGAAGAGUCUGAGAUGGCGAAACUUCAUGAGAACUAUGCUAGACUUAUGGAAGAAAAAGAAAAGUUUAAGGAAGAGUUAAAAGAGAAGUCACUUGAACUUGGUAGCGUACAGCAAGAAGCAGUAAAACUGAAGUUUUCUGUUGAGCAACAGGAACAACAGUAUAAACAAGAGAGAGACAAUAUGUUGAUUGAACAAGGUCUGCUUAAGCAACAACUAGAAUCAUAUAAAAAUGAAUUGCAAGCUGUUAAAACUAUGGUUGAAACUGUGACUAAUGAAAAGAGUCAACUCCACAAAAAACAUGAAGAUCACCUAACAAGUCUGAAAGAAACUGAAAGACAUCCCAGUGAAGAAAACAAGCAACUACUGAUGGAAUUCAAUAUGCUGCGUGAGAAGGUUUUGCCAGUUUCUAGUGCAUACAAAAAUGUGGCAGGUGUAAGAGAGGAUGCAAAAACUGUGUGGCCACAUUCUGAUAAUGCGCUGGAGAACAGUGUUCAAGGCCCAGACUUCUGUAGUUCAUUGGAAGAUGUCGCUUGCACAGAAAGAGAAUCGCUAGAUGUCACUAAUACAGAAAUAAAAACAUUAACUGAAAGAAUAGGUGAUCAAGAUCCUCUACCAAUAGAAAUGUCUCGGGAACGGAUAGAAGAAAAUGUAAAUGGCAGAAGCUAUCAACCUCAACUGCAGAAGUAUGAUGCUGAAGAGAAAAACAGGGAACGUCUCCAAAGAAAGCUCCAAGCUGCUUUAAUAUCACGUAAAGAAGCACUGAAGGAAAACAAAACUCUUAAAGAUCAAAUGGAGUUACUGGUUUUGGAAAACAAAGAGUUGAUUGGUAAGGUUCACACCCUUGGACAGCUGAGGUCUGAGUUGGGUAGAGAAAAACAAAACUUGAGUACUGCACUGUAUAAAGAGGAGACUCUUGUGGCAGAAAAUGCUAGAUUGUUAAUUGAAAAUGAAAACCUAACUGCUGCGUGUGAGAGUCUGAAGUCUACCAUGCAGACCAUAGGGCAAGAGAAGGAAGCUUUUUCUUUUCAAUUGAAUUCCUUAAAAGAUUCUCAGACAGUUGAAUUAACAGGCUGGAAAGCUAAACACAGUGAAUUAAAGCAAGAGUAUGAGUCUCUGCUUCAGGCCUAUGAGAAUAUUAGUAGUAAAAUAGCAGAAAUGAGGCACAUUAUUGAUGUCACUAGAAAAGAAAAGCAGGAAGCUCUUCACAGAGUAAAUGAGAGAGAAUCUGAUACACAUAAACUUAAGGAGCUGCUUCAAAAAGCAGCUGAUGAAAGUGUACAACUGAAACAGCUGACUGAAUCUAAACAGAAGGAAAUAAGUGAGCUAAAGAUUGCAGCUGAAAAGCAAGCCUCUGAGCACAAGUUGUGCUUGGAAGACUAUCAAAGAAAAAUUGAUGAAUCUGUUCUUCAGAGCAAGCAGCUAAUGGAGGAAAAUAAGCAAUUAAAGGAAGUUUCUGAAAUUUUAAAGCAAACCUUGGAGAAAACAGAGAAGGAAAAUGAGGAGCUUUCUAAGGAUUUUAGUCUAACAAAAUCUGCUCUCGGGGACCUCCAAACACGGUUGGAAUUGAACAAGUGUGAUGUGCAGUCCAAGAUAAGUGAUUCCCUCUGUGAAAGAGAGUCAUUAUUAAAACACAUUCAUUUGUUAAAUGAGGGGAUUUCAGAAAAAGAGAAAAGCAUGUUCAUCUUAAAGCAAGAGAACAAAACUUUGUUAGAAAGGUUGAAAGAUGCUGAAAAAUCUCUGCAUCAGAAGGAAAGCUCUUUAUUAAAGUUGGAAAAUGAUUGUAAAAAUCUUAAUCAGGAAAUAGUCAGUCUUGGUGAAAGAAUUAAAAUAUUAGAGGAUGAUAAAUGUCUCUUACAAGAAGAAUUAGAAAAUGUUCAAGAAAUAUCUUAUAAAGUAAAAAAUGAGAGAGAAUUUUUGGAGACCGAGUUGCUCAACCACAUCAAAAAAUUGGAUCAAACAACAGACAGACUGAAAGCCACACAGAUACAAAACAGCCUCCUUGUAGAGCAGUUGGAAAAUUUGAAAGCAGAGAAAUGCAACACAAUAAGAGAAAAAGAAGAACAGCAGCAUCUGGUCAGAGUAUUUGAAGAAAAACUGAAAACUGCUCAGAGAGACAAUCAUGAGACAAAAAACAAAACUAAAGAGUUGCAAGAACUUUUGAGGGGAAAACAACAGGAGAUCAACCAGUUGCAAAAGGAUUCUAUUAAAUACCAGGAGAUGAUAUUGGACUUGGAAAAAUCUGUGAAAUUGUCACAUUCAGAAAGUGAAAAAAUUGAGAAAGAUUUAAACAGUGCAGAAGGAAAGCUUGCAAAAUCAAAUGAAGAGCUGCAGAAGCUAACUGAAAAACUCUCUUUACAGAAUAUCUCAUUGUAUGAGUCAAAGGCUGCAAUAGAGCGACUUGCAAAUGACAACCUACGUAGUAAAAAUGAACUUAAAAAGAAAGAAAACAGAAUAUCAAAUCGAAAGAGAGAAUACGAGAGCCAAUUGGAGUUCAGCCUUCAGCAGGGUGUGACUCAAGCAGAAUUUCCUCCAGGAGCUCCUCAAGAAAGAGCUGAAGUCAUUGAAAUGGACAACAUGGACUUCAUUGAAAUCAACGGAAGGCUUGCACAGAGGCAAGAACCAACUUUAUUGGAAUUAAUGGGGACUCUCUCAGAAGAGAGGAAUAGACGGGAAGCUGCGGAAGAGGCCCUCGGGCUCUUGGAAGAACAAAUUAAAAGGCUUGAACUGAUUGAUUCCAGGUCAGCAUCUGAACAAUGUGCUUUUCAGGUAGAAGAAGAGGAAAGGCAGCCUUUCAUCAUCAACGCUAGUGAACUUACAGUAGUACGUAAGGUAAAAAGAGGAGCCCUUUCUUUCAGGAGAUGGAUUCGGGGACAAAGACUUUGCCGUUCCCAAUUGCUGACUUGCAGAGCAAAAUCUCGCUAUUUCUUUCUCAGUUACUUAGUGGCCCUGCAUCUUUUUGUUUUCUUGCGUCUCACAGGCAUCUUAUAAAUGGAAAAGCUCAGAAUGACAACCUUUCCCCAUAUCACCAGUAUGUAAAUAUUAGCCAAACUACUCUUUUUUGUUUAACUCCACCAUCCCAAAAGGCCACAUGUCUGGGCCUAUUCUGGGCCAGUCUGUCCUGCAAGGAAGGAUUGUCUCUCUGAGCUUCCCAGAAACUAGUCCAGGACCAUGGAGUGCUUUAUUCAUUUUGAUAGAUUGAGACAAAGACAAAGUUGUUUUUAUUUAAUUAUCUGCUGUUUGUUCAUUUAUUCAUUUUGUAUUGAUAGAUUGAGACAAAGCCAAAGUUGUUAUUAUUUAAUUAUCCAUUGUUUUUAUUUAAUUAUCCGAUAUCCACAAAUACAGUUGAAAAUGUUCCUUGCAUAUUGAAAUAAAGUGUUUAUUCUGUU